AUGAAAUCUUCCGUUCCAACUCGGGGGUCUUGGAACGGAUUCAAAACUUAUUUCUUUGGAGGAAUAUCGCAGUGUUGUCCUCUCUUCCCCGCCACAAUGGGAUUAAAUAUCCCCAAGGAGGGAGUGGAACCCCAUUCCAGCCGGCGGUUACCAUGGGCACCCGUAUGUCGGGGGGAAGUCUACUCAAUCCAAAGCCGUUUCACCAUCUACCGUUCGAUCGAUAGCUUUAUGGCAUGUAAUAUCCUCCGGCCGUAA